AGACAGAAAGAGAGAGAGAGAGAGAGAGAGGGGUGGAGAGAUACAGAAACAACUACCAAGAUAUUUCAUUUCCUUUUCAAACUAUUUUGACAAAGCACAGGCUUUCAGGUCCAAAUCAAGAGAGGAAAGAAAAAAGGAAAAUGAAGAAGUCAUUUGAAUGCAAUGAGUCAAUGAUCAUCACUAUCCCCAUUGGGAAUCUCAGGGAAGCUGGAGCAGGUCAACUGAUGCCAGAAAAAUUCCACUGUGUGUUCAAAGAUUCCUACAAGGUCUUUGCUAAUAAGGGAAAACCUAAACCUCUCGGAGCAGCUCAGGCCAUGGUUGGUGUGUUUCUUUGUGCUUUUGGUAUGAUUUGGAGAGAGCCGGCUAGGUUCCUCCUGAUCUGCACUUUACCCAGCGUUUUGUUUGUGGUCACUGGUCUGCUGUCCUAUGCUGCAGGAAAAGCUCCAAACAUGUGUGUUGCAAAGUUGUCAUUCUCCCUCAACAUUAUCAGCUUCUUCUGGUCAGUUGCAGCAUUUUCUAUGAGUGUGAUCUUCACACAAGAUCUUCAUUACUUUUAUUAUGAUCACUCACCCGAUUUAAUGCUGGUUAAAGGAAUCAAUGGACUGAUAAUGAGUCUGCUGGUUGUUGAAAAUUUAAUAGCCCUGUUCUUGAUCUACUGGUUAAGCAAAGCUAUUUGCAGACAACAGUUCAACACUUUGCCCAUUGUACUGCUGAAACAGGGAGACUGAAUUUAAAGGUUUGACAAAAUUCAACAAGCCAAAGACCAAACUAACCAACUGUAUUUAUACAUAAACUUUUAACUUCCUGCUUGUAUAAAAAAGUGCAUAACAGCCUGUCAGCGUCAUAUCAAUAUAUGUUGUGCAGAGGAUGUGAUGGUUAUUUUUGUUUCUGUUUCAGAAAUAGUUGAAAAAUAUGCAAAUUAUUACUGUUUACUAAGAGUAUGCCACCUAUUUAAAACUGCGUUGUCUCAACUCCUAGCAAUAUUCAGAUCAUCCGUGAAAAACUUUUAUUCAGCAAGAAGCUACAUUUUCCUAUUAGGUCUCUAUUUCCAUAAUCAUCUUAGAUUAUUGAUUGCUAUGAUGGCCUGUAUAUUAACUUGCUUGAUUGCAUGGCUAUUUAACAAAUAUCAAACAUUUUAGCAGCUUCUUUUGUCAUGAUUCUUGUAUUUCAUUCCAAACUGCAACAACAUGUUGAUUUGUCUUAAAAUUUCAAUAACAAACUUCUGUGGAUUAUUCAGUCUCACCUUGACAACUCUAACGUGUGUCUGUCAUAAGACUUGUCUUUAUGUUUUGAAAAACCCUGGCUCCUAUUAUGAACUUUGAUUUUGCAUGACUCUAUGUGCAGCCUCAGGACUCCAGUGCACUCAAGCUGUCAGAGUCUGUACAAUCUUAAAAUAUGAUUAAAUCACAAUUCUGAAUUGUGACUUUUUACUUUUUACAAAACCUCUACUCUGUUGCUGUAACUUUGUCUUUAGCAUAUGAAUAAAACUGAUUAUUUUGCUUA